AUGUCUCUUCACCAGUCUCCCCUCGCUGUCCGUGUGUACGCACACAACCUUCCCCAGUCGAACUGGAUCAACGAUGGCAUCGUACACCCCCUUCGCGCUGAUCUCGCCACCCUCAACCGCACCGUAGACCCGGACACCGACCUCAACCUCACCGCGAACUCGGACACCAACUCGGACACGGGCUCGGACACCGACUCCUCCAACACCGCCUUCAGCACCCUGAGCGACAGUGACAACUUCUGGGGUCUCAGCAACGGCAAGGCCAUCAUCAUCGCCACUGCCAUCAUGGACGCCACCGAGAGCCAGUAUCCCCACAUUUACUCCCGCAGCAGCUUCUGGGACACCAUCCGGUCUGCUUGGGCUAUCGUGGGUUGCCACGGCCACGCAUCCCUCAUCACCAGGAUCCGCACCAACAAGUUGGGCGCCGAUGAUCUCACACACCUGUUCAAUGACAUCAACGACAACAUGCCGCUAAUGCUCCACGUCCUCGAGUCGAGGCUCGACCACUACGCGGCCGACGCGCUGAGUGCCUGGAACGGGAUUGCGCAGGGCAUGUUCGACCGCAUGGACAUCGACCCGGUCCGCGAGGUCCUCGCUGGUAACGACACCGAGUGGAGUCUCGCCCGCGCCUGGGUUAUCGCCGCCGGCUUGGACGUUUACAUCGCUCUCACGGCGAAGCCUGAUAUGUUUGAGGCUUUCCGCGGUGCGCACUGUCACAAGAUUAUUGAGCUUGCCCCGGAGAUGUACGAGCGCAAGUUCGGCGCCAGUAUCGAGGCGUUCACCCAGUAG